GACUUGGCUUGUGGGGAAUAAACAUCAGCGCCUUCAUUAAAUUCCGUAAACUAAAAAAAACUUGAAAUCUCUACAUCUCUUGGGUAGAAAAACCACUAAGAUUGUGAAGAUUCAUGGAGAGAGUGUGUUCCAUGUGCGGCGACGUCGGUUUUCCCGACAAGCUCUUCCGCUGCGGGCACUGCCGUAACCGCUUCCAGCACUCUUACUGUAGUAACUACUACAGCGAGUUUACGGAGCCGACAGAGAUUUGCGACUGGUGCCGGAGCGACGACAGGAAGAUGAGCUGCGUGGAUAAACACGGCGGUUCUUCCUCUUCUUCAAAGAAGACUUCUUCCUCCGUAAAUCACGAGAACGAGUUCACAAACCGAUCGGAGUAUUCGUCCGGUGGCGGGAUCAAGCAUAACAAUAACCGUCACGAUCAAGGGGCCAAGACCGUCGCCGGUGCUGCAGGAGGCGGAGUGCCGUCGCCUAGGACGGCCACACGAAGGUACAAGCUUCUCAAAGAUGUCAUGUGUUAACUUAACGAAUACGGUAUUAAUUAGGAAACUUAUAAUAUACUGCUCCUUGGGGACUCUGUGAUUAAAUAAUGACUACUACAUAUAUAUAUAUAUAUGUAUAUAUGUGUAUAAUUAGCCAUCAUCGAGAGAACAACAACGAAAAUUGAACGUUUUUUAUUUAUCUUUUUACCUUUUCUUUUCUUAUAUAUAUGUAAAAUGAAAUGUGUGUUUGGCGUGAGCUUAUGUUUUUU